AUGCCCGGUUUCAGUGCAACAACCUCGUUUCAGUCGCCUUCCUUUGGAGGCUUCAACCCAGCCUUCGGCCCGGCUGGCUUUCCAGGCCUGGCUGGGUCCAUGGAGCCCUUGCCGGCGCUCGGAGCGCCGAUGCCGCCGGUGCGGAUGCCCGGCGGGGCUUCGAAUUUGCAAGGCCUGGGCCUUGAGCUCGAACCACGGAGACGAGGAACUCUGCCGGAGCUGUCGGCUUUUGACAGCGACACUCAAGAUGCAGGAAAGACCGUCGAGAAGGUUGAGGAUGAGGCAACGGAUGCUGUGCAAGAGGCCGUGAAGAAAGACCUGGACAAGGCGGAAGAUGAGACGGGUAAGAUGCUGGACAAAGAUCCAGACAACACCAGGGUGCCGCAGGACACCGCGGAUGCAGUGCAAAUGUAUGCUCAGAAGAGGAUAGUUCCCACCUUCACUGGUGGCCUGACGAUGCGAAAGAUCAACGACCUCAUCAGCGAAUCCAGGCAGCUGCUGCACAAGGUCCAUGGCAAGCUGAAUGCCAUGAAGGUCAAGCCACCGGACACUGGAUCUGCUGCGGCUGCCGAAGGCGCCGGUGCCAAGCAGGCGCAGAAACAACAGAGCAGUGCUCUGCAAUUGAUGGUCAUUCCCCCUGCCCGCGGUGGCGCUUCCCACUUGGCGCAGUUCCUUCCCACCAUCUCACUGCACAACGGCAAGCAGAGACAAAGCGAAGACGGCGUUCGACGUCUGACUACCUACGGAGGUGCUUCGCGCUGGCUGAAAUUCCAGAAGCGGCCCAGUGCAGCUGCGGAUCUGCAGGGAGCUGGCAGCUCGCAGCAGCAGCUGUUUCUGGCGUGGAUGCAGUCCAUGGGCCGGCGCCAGGAAAGCAUCUUCCAAGAUGCUGCCUCCAAGCCGCCUCCCCCACGCACAAGUGCCGAUGCAGAUGAGCUGAGUGAGGAUUCAGAGGACUUGGAUUCGCUCUCGGAGGAUUCUGACUCGGAGGGUGAGGAGGAGCCGGAGCCGCGGCAGGAAGGCAGGCGAUUGUUGCAUGACCCCGAUUUGUGGCCGUUUCAGUUGGUUGCCGAAAAUUGUGGGUCGGCCCUCCAGGCAGGAACCGCCUGUGUUGUGGGGCGCUCCGAGCAUGUGCACAAGCCCAAGGCCACUGUGACUGUGACCGCUCCUGCUGUCACAAUGCAGCGAUUUCCCGACAUCGCAGUUGCCCUCUAG